ACCGGAAGUGUGUCGGACUGGUUGAGUGAAUGGCUCAGUUGUGAUUUUCUGUCCACAGCAGAGUCGAGCUGUGCGUACUGGGCUGCAUGUAUAUACGUAGCAUCGGUGAUGGCAGGGCUGAAUUACUUCUCUGCUUCCACUUAAUAUGCUCUCCAUUACGGGGUUAAGGGAGCCACCGGAUCAGUCGCAAAAUGACCACCGGCAUCAGCCCCGUCUCCUGUCGGUUCGCAGAUUAUUUCGUGGUGUGCGGACUGGACACCGAAAGCGGGCUGGAACCAGACGAACUCUCCGCUUUAUGCCAGUAUAUAGAGGCUACUAAAUUCAGUGAUGGGGCCAGAGGAAAAUUGGCAGGGGCAAGUGAAGGUGAGAAUUUUGAGCAGAGUCCCCUACGGAGAACCUUUAAAUCCAAAGUUCUUGCACAUUACCCGGACAAUGUUGAAUGGAAUCCUUUCGACCAGGAUGCAGUUGGCAUGCUCUGUAUGCCGAAAGGUUUGGCCUUCAGGACGCAGGUGGACUCCCGGGAGCCGCACUUCCACUCAUUCAUCAUCACCAGAGAGGACGGCUCUCGGACAUAUGGAUUUGCUCUCACCUUCUUCGAGGAGGUGACCAGUAAACAGAUCUGCAGCGCCAUGCAGACUCUUUAUCACAUGCACAAUGCGGAGCAGUACGACAUUUUGCAUACGCCCACCUCUCCUCGCGGACCCGAGGAGACGAGGCUCCACCACCACCCACAUGGUCAACCUCGGCCCAUCCUCCAUGCCGCCCCUGCCAUCUCCCGUCUGCAACGUUUCAACUCAUAUGACAUCAGCCGAGAUACGCUGUAUGUGUCAAAGUGCAUCUGCUUGAUCACACCCAUGGCCUUUGCCCAAGCCUGCCGGAAGGUGCUGGAGCAGCUUUACCAGGCAGUCACCUCGCCGCAUCCCCCGCCCCUCCCGCUGGAAAGCUAUGUCUUCAACAUCCUCUAUGAGGUGCCCCUGCCGCCUUCUGGGCGAUCCCUAAAGUUCUCAGGCGUCUACGGUCCCGUGGUUUGCCAGAGGCCGAGCACAUCGGAACUUCCGCUCUUUGACUUUGCCAUUGGUGAAAUGUUUAACCUACUGGGGGUUGAGAACGUACUUCAGUUGUUCACAUGCGCCCUGCUCGAGAUGCAGAUACUGCUCUACUCACAGCAUUACCAGAGGCUAAUGACGGUAGCAGAGAGCAUCACCGCCUUAAUGUUCCCUUACCAGUGGCAGCAUGUGUAUGUUCCCAUUCUGCCUGCCUCCCUUCUCCACUUCCUCGAUGCCCCAGUACCGUAUCUCAUGGGCCUGCAUUCCAAUGGGCAGGAUGACCGCACCAAGCUAGAGUUGCCACAGGAGGCCAACUUAUGUUUUGUGGACAUUGACAACCACUUCAUAGAGCUCCCGGAAGAGUUGCCACAGUUUCCUAACAAACUGGAGUUCAUACAAGAGAUCUCAGAGGUCCUUGUGUCCUUUGGAGUGUCGCCGGAAGGAAACAUCCACUUGAGCGACUUCCAGGCCAAGCACAGAGCCUUGCGAUCGGUCGAUGCCGUUUCCGACAAACGCAACGGUAACCUCUCCUCGCCUCUCAACUCCUACCUGCUGAGAGAGAAUGUAACCAUUGCCAGACUGCAGGCUCUGGUCAAGAGGACAGGGGUCAGUUUGGAGAAGCUGGAGGUUCGAGAGGACGCCGGCGGUAAUAAGGACUCGCGAUUUCAUUGCGAUGAAGAGGAGCUGAAGAUGCACCAGCUCAACAUUCACGUGCGUGAAGUCUUUGCCAACCGCUUCACUCAGAUGUUCGCCGACUACGAGGUGUUUGUGAUUCAGCCAAGCCAAGACAAGGAGUCCUGGUUCACCAAUCGAGACCAGAUGCAGAACUUUGACAAGGCUUCGUUCCUGUCCGACCAGCCAGAGCCCUACCUACCUUUUCUUUCUCGUUUCCUGGAAACACAAAUGUUUGCCUCCUUCAUCGACAGCAAGAUCCUUUGCCAUGACGAUGAAGAGAAGGAGCACACAUUAAGGGUGUUUGACACCCGUGUCGAUAAGGUCCGCAUGCUGAAUGUCCGCACACCCACCCUGCGUACCUCCAUGUACCAGAAGUGUACAAACAUUGAAGAAGCGGAGAAAGCCAUAGAAAUGAGAGUGAUGAAGAUUGACCACACAGCCCUACAUCCCCACCUCCUGGACAUGAAGAUCGGUCAGGGACGUUACGAGCAAGGUUUUUUCCCAAGACUCCAGUCUGACGUGCUCUCUUCGGGGCCCACAAGCAACAAAUGGGCCAAGAGAAGCGCUCCUGCUCAAUGGAGGAGGCGGGACCGCCAGAAGCAGCACGCAGAGCACCUUUAUUUAGAUAAUGACCAGAGAGAGCAUGUCGAGUGUUUGUUUCCGGAGCUCCAGCUCCUGCUGUUUCUUGACUACUACUGGCACUUGCAGUCCUUCAGGCCCUGUCUAAAGUCGGUGACUGUGGAUGUGAAAUACAUCCAAGAAGCACGGAACUUAGGCACAACCAUCAGACAGCCCAAACUGUCCAACCUGUCACCUUCAGUCAUCGCUCAGACCAACUGGAAGUUUGUGGAGGGGUUGCUAAAAGAGUGCCGAAUCAAGACCAAACGUAUGCUUGUUGAGAAGAUGGGUCGAGAAGCCGUCGAGUUGGGUCAUGUGGAGGUCAGCAUCACUGGAGUGGAAGAAAACACUCUGAUUGCAAGUCUGUGUGACUUGUUGGAGAGGAUUUGGAGCCACGGGCUACAGGUUAAACAGGGUAAAUCUGCUCUUUGGUCCCACCUGCUGCAUUACCAGGAGAGUAAAGAAAAGAAAAGUGCAACCCCAGCUGGUUUGGGACCACCAGGUUUUAUUCAUGACACUGAAAGACGCAAAUCAGACGGUGGUGGGUCUGCGAUGCCUCCUCUUAAAGUGUCGCUCAUCCAGGACAUGAGACACAUUCAAAACAUAAGUGAGAUCAAGACCGACGUGGGCAAGGCCAGAGCUUGGGUUCGCCUCUCCAUGGAGAAGAAGUUGCUCUCCAGACACCUGAAACAGCUGCUGUCCGAUCACGAGCUUACAAAAAAACUAUACAAGCGGUAUGCCUUCCUACGCUGUGAUGAAGAAAAAGAGCAGUUCCUCUACCAUCUUCUUUCAUUCAACGCGGUGGACUACUUCUGUUUCACCAAUGUCUUCACCACUAUCAUGAUUCCCUAUCAUGUGUUGGUGGUUCCCAGUAAGAAGUUGGGCGGCUCUAUGUUUACGGCCAAUCCUUGGGUGUGUGUGUCAGGUGAACUGGCUGAGACGGGCGUUCUGCAGGUCCCCAGAAACACUCAAGAGAUUACUUUUGAGUGUCAAAACCUGGGUAAGCUGACUACAGUGCAAAUGGGUCAUGAUAACACGGGUCUCUACGCCAAGUGGUUAGUGGAAUGCGUUAUGGUGCGCAAUGAGAUCACGGGGCACACAUACAAAUUUCCGUGCGGCCGCUGGCUAGGAAAGGGUGUGGACGACGGCAGCCUGGAGAGGAUCCUUGUCGGCGAGCUGAUGACGCCCACCACGGAGAAUGAUGAACGGACGUGUCGCACGCCACCAAUGCAGCAGUCGCCGGGAAUGAUGAGGAGAUUUGUUACCAUCUCGCCAAAUAGCAAGCCAAAGUUAAACACAGGUCAGAUCCAGGAGGGAGUGGGAGAAGCCAUCAAUGGCAUCGUCAAGCAUUUCCACAAACCAGAAAAGGAGAGAGGCAGUUUGACUCUUCUUCUGUGCGGGGAGUUUGGUCUCGUCUGGGCUCUGGAGCAGGUUUUCCAGCAUGGUUUUAAAUCCCCUCGACUUUUUAAAAAUGUCUUCAUCUGGGAUUUCUUGGAAAAGGCACAAGUGUACUUUGAAAGUGCAGAGCAGCGGGAGGUGACUCCGGAUGAGAACUGGCAAAGCCGAGUGCGCCACUUCUGCCGCUUCAUGCGCGCAAUCAACAGCACGUCGAGAAACAUUGGCAAGGACGGAAAGUUCCAGAUGCUCAUCUGUCUUGGUGCAAGGGACCAUUUGCUGCACCACUGGAUCGCGCUUCUUGCAGACUGUCCAAUCACGGCGCAGAUGUAUGAGGACACAGCUCUGAUCAAAGACCGCUCACUGGUCAACUCUCUGAUUCGAGUCCUUCAGACUCUGCAGGAGUUCAAUAUCACCCUAGAGGCAUCGCUCAUUAAAGGUGUUGGCAUUUAAACCAAACCAGCUUCCCACUGGUUGCACCAAUUCAUUCAACCUUUUAUAUGCAGGAACAGACUCUUAAUAACAUAUUUGGUUUAUGGUAAAAAUACUGUUACAUUUGCCAUAUAUUGUAUUAAGUGCAAUGAGCCUUUUAAAAAAUGUUUUUAUCCUAAAUGAUGUGGUCAUGUUUCAGACAUUAUCUAUUGUGAGCCAUGUUUUUUCCAAAUUAUUGGCAAUGACCUUGUGCUACGUUUUAUCAAAAGCUUAAUAUUUUCAUUGUUGGAGUGAACUGCUGACUGGCUGUAUUUAAAUGGGGUGUGGGGUUUAAAACUGUUAAUAUAUUUUCUCAGAGACGAACAGUAUUAUUUUGUAAAGUCUGUCAAGUUGCUUGCUCUGUAAUCAACUCAAAUCCAAUGUCAUAAUGCAGAGCUUAAAGCAAAUGUAGAGGUAUGCUUUAUAAGUAUGUACAUGACAGGGAUUGACUGUGGAGUUAAACUGUAGAACCUGCAACACAAUAGGCAACAAAGGCUUUUUCCAUUGAAGCCUUAUCUGGGGAAAUGUAUGCAGAUGUUUUUAUGUGAAAUACCUUUGUACCUUCAGUGCAGAAAAGCUUCUUGCAUGAAUUUGAUACUUCCUCCCAGGAUGGAAGCUACAAGAACACCCUCAGUGUGUUUUUGGUUUGUGCUCUGUGGUCCCACAUUUCUGCGAAAUGACAGCCUUUAUGUAAAUAGCUCCAACCUGCCCAUCCUUAAGCAUCAUUACACCUCUUUCAGCAUCUUGGGAGAAAAUACCCUAGUUGAACCCUGGCUUGCCUGCAGUCAUCCAUAAUGGAAGCAAAAAUGCUUCGAAUGCCCUCUGCUUGAUUUUGUCAUCAUGGUUUCUUGCUAUGCAAUUCUCACAUAAGAAAAUGUGCCCCUAUUCAUUCCCUGAGGUCACACUGGGCCAUCUCACAUUAACGUGUAUGUACAAAGUAAAGAGAUUUGAUAACUGGAGGACUCCUUUUUGUGCCAAGUGUCUGGAAUGGACUCUGUAUGACUCGAACAUGAGCAUCUUGCAAGAUCUAUAUUUUUAUUUUCCAAACUGUUGUACAUUAGCUGUGUAAUGUAAUGUUUACUAAGUGAGAGACCAUGUACAGUGUACAAAUAUAUCAAAAAUAAAAGCAUCUGUAAUGUAAUUUUGUCAAUGACUUAAAAUUUACGGUAAUUAUGAGGCGAUUUAUUUUUACGUGUAACAAAACGAAAUUCUA